AUGCCACGCCCAAUCGUUGCUAUUGGGCAUAGUGCUGGAUGUCUUUCCGUAGUUCACCUUAGUCUCAUGCAUCCAAGGCUAUUUCAUGCUAUGGUUCUCUUCGAGGCACCGAUAUUCUCUGUUUACAGACGGGAGGCUUGGCCAUCCAGACCUGCAGCGACUGAAUCACUCAAACGAAAACCCUUCUACCAGGCCUGGGAUCGGCGCGUCUUCGCACAAUUUGUGAAGUACGGCUUGCGCGAUGUCCUAGCAAAAUCCGAAAUCAGUGACGAGAAUGGUCGGCCUAAUGAGACGACACCAGUGAGACUCACCACUCCGCUAGUGCAGGAGCUGGCCUCCUUUGCCCGACCUUAUCACAACCUCCCUGCCCCCGACGUAGGCGUAGGUGAUCCUAGAAACCGCCUCACGCACCCAGAUCUCGAUCCUGAGGCCCUCACAUCGUUACCAUUUUAUCGUCCAGAGAUAACUGAGCUUUUCCCUCGGUUACCAUACUUACGACCGAGUGUUCUUUACAUCUUUGGCAGUGAGUCCCAUAUGAGCCUUCCAGAGUUAAGAAGUGACAAGCUCCGGACUACGGGUAUUGCUACUGGGGGAAGUGGCGGGGCUGCUGCUGGUCGCGUGCGUGAAGUCGUCAUGCAAGGGUUCUCACACCAGGUUCCGUUCGAGGCAGUCGAUGAAUGCGCAGAGGAAAUCUCUCGUUGGUUAGCUUGCGAAUCAAGGCGCUGGCAUAGAGAGGAGCAGGCCCUCCACGAUAGGUGGGGUACAUUGCAUGUUUCCGACCAAAUGACCAUUGACAAAGACUGGAAAGCUCAUAUUCGAAGGGGACAUCGGGUCAAGUCCAACCUGUAA